CAGUUGUCAGGCAGUUGGUUAUGGAGGUGAGAGGGGGAACAGGCUGUUUGUGGAUUUUUGGGGUCGGGGCAGGAUGCCACGUAAGAUAGGAUUCACUGUGGUCAGCUGGUCUGGCCAUGAAGAGAAUUACAGUGCCAAGGAGCUGAUGAUCCACGCCCCCACCGUCAGCGGCUGGAGAUCAGCCAGGUUCUGUCCGUUCCCACAAGAGAUCACCCUGCAGAUGGUGGAGAGGUGCCACGUUAAGAAGCUGCAGCUGCUGGCCCACCAGUACCUGAUCUCAGCCAAAGUGGAGUUCCACAUCGGAGACCGGCUCCCAGAACCCGCCUCACCCCAGAACUCCCAGCAGCUCCGCAGACUCGGGUACGUGUCUCUCUCUAAUAACGAGAAGACGGGUCUCCGAGCGCGAGAGCUGAAGUCUGUGCAUGUAGACGCCGUGGGGACGUACCUGAAACUCACCUUUCACCGAAACCACGCCAAUCAAUACAACCUCUAUAAUCAGGUUGCUCUGGUGGCGAUUAAUAUUCUGGGAGACUCUGUGGAUUUCAGUGAUGUGAGUCCAAUUUCCAGCAGAGAUCAGCUGAUUGAGCAGUAUCUCAGCAGUACUCAGCACAGCUCAGCACUGGACAGCUCAUACACGGGGUCUAAGUACGAGUCUAUCUCUCCUCUGGAUGAUUUGGCGUUUGAUAUGUAUCAGGACCCCGAGGUUGCCCAUAUCAUUCGCCUUCUGGAUGACAAAAAGCAGGACAUGGUGCGAUUAGAGAGAUACGACCUGGCCAAAAAACUCAAACAGGCCAUCGCUGAUCUACAGAAGGUGGGCGAGCGUCUGGGCAGGUAUGAUGUGGAGAAGCACAGUGCUAUAGAGAGGGAAGAUUACGACACGGCGAAGGAGAAGAAAGAACAGAUGGAGGCGUACAGACUCAGAGUCUACCAACAACUCCAACUACACGACCUGCUCGACAUCACACAGUUACAGAUCCGGAGGACGGUGGAGGACGUGCAGGACAGCGGCGUCCCCUCCCCGAACGUCCCCUCGCUCCGAGACGAAUCUCGUCUUUCUGAAUCACCAAAGAAGAAGAAACCGGAUCAGCAGGAGGAUCAGAUUACCCUAAAAAAACCCAGCCCCCAGCAACCCCACCCAACCCCACCCUCACCUCCGCCGCACCUUCCUCACGCUGACGUAAGUUACCUGUCGUAUGAUGAGAGACCUUUACCUGCACUGAGGAGGAGAUCAGGAGACCAGACCCAGCCUGAGCUCUCACCGACCCUGCAGAACCAGAACCAGAACCCAAACCAGAACCCAAGCCCGAGCUCCCCGCAGAGUCCGAGAACCUCCGGAGAACCAGAACCGCUCUCAGAGAAAACCCAGAGAGAGGCCAGCCUCCCCCUCGAGAUCUACGGAGACGCCGUGGUGUCGGGGGCGUACUCUAAGACCUGGUCCUGUAGAGAGGAUGCUCUGCUGGCGGUGUGUAAGAGACUGGCUGAAGUUCCUCCAGGAUUGUCUAAAGCAGAACUGAGGAGUCUGAUGAGAGCAGCGAUCUUCCUCUGCAGGAGAGCUCUCUCAGAUAAAGUCUCGUCUGUGUUCCAGGCGUCUGUGAAGCUGCUGAAGAUGAUCCUGGGUGAGUUUGUGUCGUCUCAUCAGCUGGGCAGGUCAGAGGUCAGUUACUGUGUGGAGCAGACGUUACCUGUCCUGCUGUCCCGCACCGGAGAGACCACGCCCAGACUCCGCACCCUGGCCCUCACCUGUGUACAGGAGAUUGCUGUGUAUAAGGAGGUACGUUUGGUGCAGUUGGUUCCCUCUGAGCUGGUAAAACCCAUAAAGCUCAGUCUGCCGUCUCGCCUGGCCCUCAGCCGACUCCAACUGCUGGAGAAACUUCUGGAACAGCUGGGCUUUAAAGACUCCGGCUUUACCCUGGAAAACGUCAUGCGGUUUCUGGUUGGUGCAUUAGAACACAGCGCGGCGUCGGUUCGAGAGCUGGCUGUUCGGUUGGUGCAGAUGAUGUACCGUAACCACGGCGCUGCUGUACUGAUCUACCUGCCCCCCGACGACGCCAGCGAGCGGAAAACCCUCAUCUACAAAAACCUCUUCCUCUCAUUUGCCAAGAUCGACGGAAAACUACCCGACCCUCAGGUGGUGAAGGGUGGAGAUCAGGUGGAGGGGGCGCGGGAGAAAGCGGAGAUCAGGAGCCUGCAGGAGCAGCUGGCGGUUCUGAAGGAGAUCAGUGAGAAGGGGAAGGAAGAACCCAGAUCACCUGAGAAACAUGCUAAACCAGGUAUUAAAAAGGAAACUCCGUCCAUGUCUGGUGAUGCAGGCAACAGGAACCAAUCAGCCGGAGCCAACAACUUCGACAAUCUGUGUAUAUUCUGUGGAGAGAGAGAUCAGGCGUUUACAGAGGAGGGACUGGACCUGCACUACUGGAAGUACUGUCCAAUGCUGUGCCGGUGCCUCCACUGCAGACAGGUGGUGGAGAUAUCCAGUCUGACGGAGCACUUGUUAUCGGAGUGUGAGCGCAGAGCUGAUUUUAUUCAGUGUUUUCGUUGUUCUGAGGCCGUCGUCCGAGACCGGCUGACUGAGCAUGCUCAGAACUGCAGCCCCCUUCCUGUCAGCGGGAGCUGCAACCACUGCCCACUGUGCCACCAGAACGCAGCACCAGGAGAGGAGGGUUGGAAGUCUCACCUCAUGUACAGCAGUGCUGGUUGCACCCAGAAUCCUCGCAGGAUCCAACAGCAUCGAACUCACACACAAGGAAAGACAAUCAACACGGGAACGUCAAAACCAGCCGGAGGAGGAGGAGGAGGAGGAGGAGGAGGAGCUGCAGUGUUUGCUGGGGGUAAAGGCCGAGGGGACAGCAGGAGCAGCAGCCGAAUCCCGGCACCAAAACCCAGCAGAACCAGCCGGGUCAGUCCAGCCAAAACCCAGAACCUCAGACCAGGACCAGCCUAGAGUUUAACCAGAUUAUUAAUGUAGAACAGUUACAGGAUUCCUCCUGAACAUAAAGCUCUUCUGAUCUGCUACUGCUCAGUCUGCUGAAGCUACACGCUAAUCGCUAAUCUCACCACCGUCUCACCAGCGUCACUCUUCAUCAUUAUAGGUCAAAAACUAUGAAUAUGAAUAAUAGUGAACAGAUUGAUCAGCAGUGUUCUCAAGUCUGACAGACGCACCUCAGCGAGUUCACACGCUCACACACCACACAUGGUAUUUCUCACGCUUGCCAAUCCAUCGGCUGUAUAUUAUAAUGAAGUCUCGUUGAGCCAAUCAGAAUAUAGAUCGCUCUGUUGUUAAGCAGACCUAGUCAAAGAGGCGCGAAGAACUGUCCGAUUCAAAAGUUCUGAAACACACGUCGGUGAACACUACCCCCCCACCCCCCGCUAAUCUCACUCCCACCAAACUUCAAAACUUGAGAGCCCUGUUGAUCAGAAAGGUGUAACCAGUCACAGUAAACUCUUUCCCAGGAGAAAGCAAGGUAGAUUUUUCUUAAUCAAACAUAUGGGGUCCUAUCUUAUUGUGCACCCUGCAAAAGGUGCAUUGAGGUGCUCAUCGCUAUCUUUCACCCCACCAACAGUGUAUUUUCACUCCUUCCUCCUGCCUGGUUUAAAAAGCAGCAGAUCUUCUGAAUAUAUCUACACUGAUCUCUAAUCUCACCACCAGCAUCACUCUUCAUCACAGAGUGACCAGAAUGAUACACUGAAAAAGAUCCUAAAAAGUGCUUUUAUUUUCACUCGUGGCGCUGAUGUCAUUAAGAUGACUGAGAGUUUCACCAUCAUUAGUAUUAAAUAAACACUAAAUCUUACAGGGUUUAAAACAUCAAAACUAAAAAAUAAAGCUGGUGAAAUUAUUCAUGCAUUAAAAAACAUAAUCUAAUAAAUAAUCAGGGUUUAUACGGUCGUGAAAAAGGUGAAAAAAAGUAAAAAUUUCCUGUCGUUAUGAAAGCAAAGACAGACUGACACGCCCUAAAUCAAGCUGCGUGGUGCAGGACUCUCUUAUAAAUGAUGAUGAUGAUUAGUUUGUGCUGAGACUUACGCUCUUUCUUAUAAAAUUCAUACCGUUCUGAUCAGAAACUGUAAUCUCUCUACAGAUUUCAGUAUGUUUACCUUUUUUAUUCGUCUGUUUACUGAAGUAUCAGUAGAGUCCGUCUAUUUUGUAACCUGUUUAUAUUCUAUUCUUGUACUGUACUGUUUUUAUACCCGUCUUAUUGCUCUGAUAUUGGGUGUGUGUGUGUAUAGAUAUGUAUAGAUAUGAAUAGAUGUGUAAAUGAAGCACUUUGUCACAUUUAAGUACUUUUAUACUUAACGUAACUGUACUUUUUAAAGUCUGCUGUAUGUAGACUGAAGAUGAGAACUCUGUUAAUAUGCUAAAUAUGCUUUUUGUCACUGUAAUACUCUAAUUUCACAGAAAUAGCAUUUAUAAUGUUAUAAUGUCGUUACAGUCUCGGUGUUUACACACAGGUGUGGAGAGAGUCAGGUAUCGGUCAGGAACAAAACCAUAAAAUAAAAAACAUGCCCAGAAUAGACAUUAAAGGAGAACUCUAGUCUAAAAUUGACUUUUAUUGUAGUAAAACAUGAUAAAAAGUGCUAUUUUUUGUUGAAUAGCCCUUCUCUGCUCUCCUGCAGCUUUCUGAGAUCCAGAAUUGUUAUUCUGUUUUCCAAAAAUCGUUAUAAUUGUAAUAAUAUUUAUGCUUCUAUAUUAUCAUUAUAUAAGUGGCAUUUUAAUAAUCUUAAAAUUACAAUAAUAUAAUGUAUUGCAAUAAUUUACAAAGUGACGAUAUAUAUAUUCCACAAAAUACUGUUAUCAUGACAGGCCAAGUUAUCGAUCUUAAAAAAUAAAACAAAUAUUAUACCGUAUUUUUCACUCUAUUAGGAUCUCCGGAUUAUAAGGUUAACAAUGUUAAGUAAAGCUAAAUUAAGUUAAAAAAACUGUAAUAAAAAUAGACUUUCUUUUAAAGGUAAACAAGUGCUGUAUGUUAAUCUACACAGAUUUCUCUCCUGAAAGCUGUUUUUGUUUGUUUUUGUUUGGGGGGGGCUUAUGUUUAUUUACAGUAAGUUUAGAUUUCCAAAUUUCUCCAGCACUCAGUAAGUCUGGAGCAUUAGCAGCUAACUGCUCCAGCAGUGCUAGCCGGGGUUAGCAGCAGGCUACAGGCUCAUAAUACUCACCUCUGAACGGUGAAAGAGCUAGCGCUUAGCGUGGUUAGUGGCUAAUGCUGCUCCAGUCUGGGUGCUGGAGUAACUUUACUGAAACUCCUGUAUAACUCUGUACUUCAGUGGAGUGUCUUUACUGCUCCUUAAUACCUGACUGAUAGAAUUCAUACAUAAGGAGCACCGGAUUAUAAGCAGCUCUGAUGAUUUCUGGGGAAAAAAAUACAGUACUGUAUACAAUUCUACAGUUUUUAUAAUAACUAUAAUAACUAUAAAUUAAAAACAGUGAGGCGGCUGAUGUGUAAGUUGUGAUAUUAAGGAACUCAGGGAGUCUGGGCUAUAAAUGUAGAAUCCUCAUAUUUAAGAAAGAAAAGUUAAUAUUAAUACUUUAAUAAUGUGAUUUUUUUUUUUUGUGAGUCUGAGCUCAUAACAUUCGUCACUUCUCAGAAUUAAACUCUAUACACUCUUAUACAACUCUAUUAAAGCUUAAUAAAUCUAUAUUAAAGUGCAAAUACGUAUAUUUUUCCAAAAACAGAACAGAAUAGAAUAGAAUAGAAUAGAGUGUAGAAGUAAAGACUGAUGGUUAAGGUUGUACUUGGUCCAUCCUACAGGUCUGGAUACCAAAGACGUGUAUUUUAGCACUAUUAGACUUUACAGGGUUAAUGAAGCACAAUUCACCGGCUGUUCUGUUCACACUUCUGUAUUAAUAAGCGCUUAAUUUCACAGAUUCGUACAUAUGAUAUUUAUAAAACAUUGUUUUUACACAAUAAUUUACUCCAAUCACUAACUAAUAAAUGUUCCUCCAUAUUUACCAGCUCAAAAAUAAUUAGGAAUGUAAUUAAUAAGCUUUUAAUGGGCUGUUUUUGUGUGGCCUGUUCCUUUAUUCCAGUUGAUAGUUUACUAAGACAUUAUUCACUGAUUCAGCAGAGACUGAUCUUUACUGUACAGUGUUACUAACAUCACUGCAAACUGUACAGAACAAAAACCUGUUUCUGUUCAAAUACCAAACACAAAUAUACACAUACAGACAUGAUGUAGUGACUUUAAAUCAGUGUAGUAUUUCAGUUUAGUAUUAGUAUUUAUGAAACUAUAUAGAUAUAUAGGAAUAUUAUUUUGUGGAUUUAUAGAUGUGUGUAUUUUUGUGUGAUUUAAAAAAAGAACAGUAUUUAUAGUUUAUAAAUCAGGGAUGGUACUAAGAAUUAUAUCAUAUUGAUUAGUUUAUUUUAGCCAGUGUUCAUUUAUCAGAGAAUUAUUAACAUCAACAUAUUCUAUUUUUAAUACACCUCCAAAUACAAACAUAUAAAGUUCGCUAUUAUAUAAAAUUAGGAAAAUGACAUUUGCAUAACUUAUUUUAGGUUUGACCUGAUUGGUUCUCGUCAGGCUGUUGAAUGUUUGUGUGUUUUGUAUUGGUGUGUGUUGGAGGAGAUGAAUGUAUUAAACUGGUGUUAAACUGGUAUCAGUUGGAAUCUGUUUACUGUGUGAACAGUCCUAAUGUUUAAAUAAACUGGUUUCAGUAUGGUGUGAUGAUACGGGUGUCA